ACACUUCCUACCCCGGGCUCAGUUCCUCGUCCACUCCAGCGGCGUUUGCAUUUGUUUAGGCCUACGUGCUACGGUAUUGUCGAUGAGACUCUUUUAAGCCAACUCCAACCGAACUCCCAUUUUGCGAGUGCCGUGUUAAAUCGACAGUACGGAAUAUUUAUCGCCCGCCUCGUCUCUAUCCCAUCAUCGCCUCCCUCCCCCCAUGUUCCCCGGCUCUCCUUCCGCGGCCUGGCCAUGGACCAGGCUGCUCGUCCUGUGCACAGCGUGCCUGCUGGUUCCUUCCGUCGAAGCGGAGCUAGAGGUGUUCGUGGUCCCCCAUAGUCAUAUGGACGUGGGCUGGGUGUACACGGUGCAGGAGAGCAUGCACGCCUACGCAGCCAACGUGUACAGCACGGUGGUGCGGGAGCUGCUCAAGGCACCGGAGCGGCGCUUCAUCGCCGUGGAGCAGGAAUUCUUCCGCCUCUGGUGGGACGGCGUGGCCUCGGCCGAGCAGAAGCACCAGGUGCAUGAGUUGGUGAAGCAAGGUCGACUGGAGUUCAUAAUUGGGGGCCAAGUGAUGCAUGACGAGGCCGUCACGGAGCUAAGUGCCCAGAUCCUGCAGCUCACCGAGGGUCAUGGGUUCCUGUACGAGACGUUCGGUGUGAGGCCGACGUUUUCUUGGCACGUGGAUCCAUUUGGCGCCUCGGCCGCCACCCCCAGCCUCUUCGCGAUGGCCGGAUUCAACGCCCACCUCAUCUCUCGCAUCGACUACGAUGCCAAGGAUGCCAUGCAACAGUUGCAGAAGCUGCAGUUUGUGUGGAGGGGCUCCCGCUCACUCGGGGCACGACAGGAGAUCUUCACUCACGUCAUGGACGAGUACAGCUACUGCACCCCCUCGGCCCUUCCCUUCUCAAACAGGAGUGGAUUUUAUUGGAAUGGCGUAGCCCUGUUCCCAGACCCGCCGGCUGAUGGUAUCUACCCCAACAUGAGUCUGCCGGUUACAGCGGACACCGUGAAGCCUUACGCCGACACCAUGGUGGCAAACAUCCGUCAGCGAGCCGCGUGGUUCCGCACCAACACACUGCUCUGGCCCUGGGGCUGCGACAAGCAGUUCUUCAACGCGUCCGUGCAGUUCGACAACAUGGACCCGCUCAUGGCCCACGUGAACGCGCACAGCCAGGAGUACGGCGUUCGUCUUCGCUACGCCACGCUCGGCGAGUUCUUCAGCAGCGUCAAGGCGGCGGGGCUUCGCUGGGACGUGCGGGAUGAGCGAGACUUUCUGCCGUACUCCUCGGACUGGCAGUCGGCAUGGACCGGCUUCUACGCCAGCCGCAACACCUUGAAGGGGCUGGCGCGGGGGGCGCAGGCCGUGCUGCACGCGGCCGAGACGCUCUUCACGCUCUACGUGCGCUCGGGCCUUGCCUCCUCGCAGGACGAGCUGCUCGUAUUCGAGCAGCUGCGGCGGCUGCGCUGGGCCUCGGCUCAGGUGCAGCACCACGACGCGGUGACGGGCACGGAGUCGCCGCCCGUGCGCGAAAUGUACGUGCGCGACCUGGCGGACGGGGUGGCGGGCGUCACGCCUGCGCUGGCGAGCAUGCUGAGCGCGCUCGUGCCCGGCCUGCCGCCCCCCUCCAGCAUGCGCCUCCUUUCGCCCCUCUUGCAGCUCCGCACAGCUGUGUUACGGAACAGCAGCACAGUGGUUGUCUACAACCCUCUGGGCUGGGAAGUGAUCUCCUUCAUCAACCUGACGGUGUCCAGCCCAAAGGUGGCCGUGUGGGACCAGCACGGCCGACCUGUUCCUACCCAGGUCUACCCAUCAGCGGCUUCAGCCAAGGACUUCUCCGUCUAUUUUCCCGUGCGUCUCGACCCACUGGGCAUCUCCAGCUUCCGAGUGCAGGUGUCAUCCGCUUCUAUGAAGAGCACAGGCUGGGCUGCGGUCGGCCCGGACGCCCCCGCUGGUUUUCCCACCUCCGUGACGGCACCGCUGUCGUUCCCCAGGAGGUGGCACCCGGAUGGAGUGCGACUCGCAGAACGGCCCAACCUCAUUGCUGUGGAAAAUAAGUGCUACAUGCUCAUGUUCGACAAGGACACAAACCUGCUGCACUCCGUCACGGACAAGGUCUCUACGCAGACUGUACUGGUGACCCAGCGCUUUCUGGAGUACCGUAGCCAGACGAACGUGACGAUGGGGCAACCUUCAGACAACUACAUCUUCUCUCCCCUGGGCCCAGCCACGGACGUGUCUCGAUUCGUGUCCAUGGAGGUGGUCAGAGGGCCGCUGCUCACCGAGGUCAGGCAGUACUUUUACGGCAAGGACUCUUCACCCCCCGGCUCUCACCGCUACGCGGUGCUGACGCGCCUGCAUGACGCCCCCGGCGGCUCGGCGGGGGCCGCCGAUCUGAGCUGCCAUCGUCUCGAGCAGGAGCUGUGGGUGGGGCCGCUGGCGAUGGACCGCGAGACCGUCCUGCGGACCAGCACGGGCCUGCGCACCGGCCGCGUACUCCACACCGACAACAACGGCUUCCAGAUGCAGCGGCGGCUCUACCGCAAGUUCCCCAAAAACGAGCUGCCCAGGAACUACUACCCACUGGUUCGGACAGCCUUCAUUGAGGAGGUGAUGGAGCACGGAAUGAGGCUCACCGUUCACUCUGAGCGGAGCCACGGUGUGGCGAGUCUACACGACGGAGAAAUGGAGGUGAUGGUGCACCGCAGGAUGUGGAACAACGAGAACCACGACUACAACCUGACGCUGAAUGACACCUCGCUCGUGCGACCGCUCUUUUGGCUUGCGCUGGCCAGGAAGAGCGACGGCGUGUCGCUCUAUCAGCGCACGGGCCUUCAGCUGGAGAAUCGUCCCCUCGUGCUUGUGGGAGAGACUCCAGAGUUGGGCGUGGCACCCGUUGGCCGGGCCACGGCCCUUCCAGCUCUCCCGCCCAACGUGCACCUGCUGAGCCUGCAGCUGCCUGGCUGGAGCUACAGCUCCGACCACCAGAAGCACCUCAAGCGACUGCGCCGACACAAGGCCGAGGGUGCGGCCAACUCGACGGCGCACGGUCCAAACUUGGAACGAGUGCUGCUGAGGCUGCAGCACCUGUACGAGGAGGGAGAAGAUCCUGUGCUCUCACAGGCAGCCACCAUCGACCUGAAGAUCCUCUUGGCCUCACUGGGCAUAGUGAGGCAUGUGGAGGAGCGAUCGCUCACAGGCACGUGGGACAUUGCUCAGCUCCACCGCUGGCAGUGGAAUGUGACAGCACAAGCGAGCGCAGAGGCUGCUCACGAAGAGAGAAUGGUCCACGACGAUUUCAUUAUUACUAUUUUCCCCAAAGAAAUUCGCACCUUCUUUGUCCACUUUGAAAGUAUUAUUUAACACUCUUUGUGAAGAUUUAAUAUCCAAAAUUGCUGCAACCUUUCAAAAACUCAAUAUAUUUUCUAUGAUUUCUAAUACUGUAGACAUUUGUAAAUGAAUGUCAAAUUAACUCUAAAUGUUUGCACAAGUACAAUUUUAGAUUUUUUUUAUCUAUGUCAAACGCUGGGUUUCUGUCAGGAAUCAUUAAAUGUACAGUAUUGCAACACAAUAUUGUGCGCUACGAGUGGUGCGAUAGCGGUUGCCCGUGUGAAAAGAUACCUUUGGAAAGUAUGUUAAGCGAGCACCAUAGGACCUUGUCAACCUACCACAUUGCCCUGCAAGAACCUGGGCAAGAAAAACUGCGUUGCUUUGGCCUCUGUUUUUUUUUUUAUAUUUGGAGAAACCAGCAUUGUCCGUGUCUCAUACAUUGUGCAUCCGACACAUGCAAGUUGUUCCCAAACACCUCGCGCAAUUUGCACGUCUCACACACACAGACAUGCGUCAUGUCACUUGCGUGGAUUUGACGAGGGUGUUUCAAAAGCGAUUUGACAAGUGACGGUAGCGGCAAUGAUAUGCCGUGUGUACACCCUCGCUUGAUGUUACUGGAAUAUUGUCUCCUCUUGCUACACUGGCCUAAUGUGUGCGAACACAAGCCUUUUCACUUAAAAGUUGCAAUGGAGUUUUCAUAUCCCAAUUGAUCACUACAAAAUAAACAAUCUUCUAUUAUAGCUUGGCUGAUUUGUUACUAUUGUCCUGAAGGGAAAUAAUGAAGCCAAAUGUACAUAUAUAAUAUGCAAUCAAUAGUAAACAAUUAAAAUAAGUGUGAAAAACAACAAAGCAAUCAGAUAUAUUUUAUCGCGUAUUACUAUAAAAAAAAAAGUUCUAACUGUGACAAUUGGAAUUCUACGAACAAAAUAUGAAAUGCAUUGGAAAGAUUAAAUGAGCUUUCCAAUGAUGUACCAUACAAUGUGCUGUCCCAUUUACCUUUCACAAACUGCAUUAAUAUAACCGAUAAACAUGAAGCGUGGCUAUCCGUUUCCCACCAUGGGCCUUCCAACUUAAAUGUAACUGAUUUCAAUUCCGUUGCAAUUUGUCCUGAAUAAAGCCACUAUUUGAACCCAGA